UUAAUUAUAACCGUAUUAUUAUUCGUGUUGGGCGGAGUAUACUGCGCUAUGUACUGUAUAGCAUACAGUUUACAUGUACUGUCGAGUACUGUAGUCCAUUGGGUGGAGGUUACAGGAUAUCAUGUGUGGAAAUCGUUUUCUAUAUAGUCUGGAUCAUCAUCACCAUCAUCUGAAUCAUCAUCACCAUCGUCUGAGUUCGAAGUUCUCAAUUUCUCGCGAGGUUGUAAUACGUAGUGGGAAUGUUUGGUUCCAGAAUGUAUAAUAUAUAUAGGAUCGUCAUCAUCCUCGUCAGAUCAUCAUUGAGUCUUUAACAUCACCAUAUAUCAUCCUCAUCUCAUUUAUGAGUUGUACUGACUGUUCAGAGGUGUAGGAUUCUGGUUUACGUCAACGUUUACUGGAACUUAAUUUGUAAUGAUUAACUUGGUGGGAUUUUGGUCAGUGAAUUAAUCAGCAUCACCACCACCAUCAUCAUCAUCAACCAUCAUAACCACCACCAACCAUUCAUUACAAACUAAUCACCACUACCUUCAUUACCACCACAAACCAUCACAAACCAUCACAAUCACCACAGCCAUCAUCGCAGUCGUCAUGACGAGUAGCUAAUCAUUUAGGAAGAGAAGAGUGUGGUUGUGGUGGUGGUGGGGGGGGGAGAAGAGCAAGCAAGGGAUGAAGAGGAGGAGGAGGAGUCACAUUGAUCAGGCUCUGGGCCAUCUUGUUUCAGACUGAGCCUCCUCCUCAUCGUGAGCGGGCGGCAGAGUGUGUGGAGAGCGCGCGAGAAGGCAGUCCGCGUCAUUCUCAUCCGUCGGGGAUCUCGUCCCACACCCCCCCCCUCCCCGUGAUAUCGAUCAAUGGUUACUUUUGUAAAACUUACGACGAUUGGUAAUUAAUGGUGGAACGCUUUGUUAGGAGCUGAGGAGAACUGAAGCGGAGGAAGAAGGGUGAGGGACAGUAUGGACCCACUGGAUGGCCUGGGAGACGAAUUUGACGAGGAUGUAGACGUCCCAUCGGAAAGCGACAGCGGAAAAGUGAAGAAGAAGAAAUCGUCAAAGAAAUCAAAAGAGAGGCCGGUCAAGACAAAGAAGAGGAAGAAAGAGGAGAGCGAGAGCGAGCUGACUGACGCAGAGGACGAGAACAAGACGGAGAGCGAGGGCAGCGACUACGCGCCCAGCAAAAAGAAAAAGAAGAAAGCCAAGGAGAAGAAGGAGAAGAAGAACAGCAAGCGGCGUAAGGAGGAGGCGGCGGCGUUAGCGGCGGCUGCAGCAGAGGAAGAGGAUGACGACGAUGACGACGACGCACCACAGAAAAACGCUGCCCAGAUGCUUGGGGACUGGGGCUUCUCAGACGUGGACCACGUGUACACAGAGGAUGACUACCGCACGCUGACAAACUACAAGGCCUUCAGCCAGUUUGUACGGCCUAUGAUAGCGGAAAAGAAUCCCAAGAUCCCGGUGUCGAAGAUGAUGACCGUGCUGGGAGCCAAGUGGCGUGAGUUUGGCGCCAACAGCCCCUUCAAGGGCUCCACGGUAACCGCCGCUGCGAUGGCGACAGUUCCCAGGGACCCAGCUGUGCCACCCUCCAUCUCCAUGCCCACUGUCGCCCCGGCAACCGUCACCACGGAGACGACGCCAGUCACAAGCGCCACCAUCUCCACUGAGGAAGCAGUAGUGUCAGCAGCAGCACCCGCUGCGACACCGGCACCACCUGUGCCACUGAGGAAGGCCAAGACCAAAGAGGGAAAAGGCCCCAAUGCGCGCCGGCGAACUAAGAGCCCACGUGUGGGCGAAGGAGCCAAAAAGAAGGUCGUGACGCCGGCCACCAAGGCCAGCAAAAAGCUGGCGCCACUCAAAAUCAAACUGGGUGCCUUCACCAGCAAGCGCAAGAAGGGCUCCUCAAGCGAGGAGGACGACAUUGAGGAGGAGGAGUUUGAAGACUUUGACGAGUCGAGCAUCAACAGCUCUUCGGUGCGGUCCGACAGCUCGCAGGGGAAGAUUCGCAAAGCCAAGAAGAGAGUAAAGAUGGUCAAAAAGAAAAGAAAGGUGGGGGAUGAUGAAGACGGCUAUGAGACGGACCACCAGGACUACUGCGAGGUGUGCCAGCAGGGUGGCGAGAUCAUCCUGUGCGACACGUGCCCGCGCGCGUACCACCUCGUGUGCCUCGACCCCGAGCUGGAGAAGGCGCCCGAGGGCACUUGGAGCUGCCCGCACUGCGUAACGCGCGCACUCACACGCGGCGGAGACGAGAAGGAGGGCAUCCAAUGGGAGGCGAAGGAGGAGGGUGACGAGGAGGACGAGGAGGUAGUGGGUGGAGAGGAGGAGGAGGACGACCACAUGGAGUUCUGCCGCGUGUGCAAGGAUGGCGGGGAACUGUUGUGCUGCGACACGUGCCCCUCGUCGUACCACAUCCACUGCCUCAACCCUCCACUCCCCGAGAUACCCAACGGGGAGUGGCUCUGCCCACGCUGCACGUGCCCCCCAGUGGAGGGAAAGGUUCAGAAAAUCCUGCACUGGAAGUGGGGGGUGGCCCCCCCUUCAACACCCGUGGCGAGACCAGCGGAUGCCCCUCCGGAUGCGCCAGACCCCAAGCCGCUGGAGGGGAGACCGGAGCGCGAGUUCUUUGUGAAGUGGAGCAAUCUCUCCUACUGGCACUGCUGCUGGAUCACAGAGCUGCAGUUGGAGAUCUACCACCCCGUGAUGUACCGCACGUACCAGCGCAAAACCGACAUGGACGACCCCCCGGCAUUUGACUACGGCUCGGGCGAAGAAGAAGGGAAGGUGGAGCGGCGGCGCAAGAGCAAAGACCCCAAGUUCGCCGAGAUGGAGGAGAGGUUCUACCGCUACGGCAUCAAGCCCGAGUGGCUCAUCAUCCACCGCAUCAUAAAUCACAGCAUCGACAAGAAGGGCAACAUCAGCUAUCUGAUCAAGUGGCGCGACCUCCUGUACGACCAGUCGACCUGGGAGAGCGAUGACCUGGACAUCCUCGAUUACGAUCUCCAUCGCACCUCCUACUGGACGCACAGAGAGAUGAUGAUGGGCGAGCCGGGCAAGUGUCCCAAGAAGCUCAAGAAGACCAAGAAAUUGCUGAAGGAGAGCAACAAGUCACCAAAACCUCCAGACACCCCCAUCGUUGAUCCGACGAUCAAGUUUGAGAAGCAGCCCGACUACGUGGAGGUGACGGGAGGGCAGCUGCACCCCUACCAGCUGGAGGGGCUCAACUGGCUGCGCUUUUCCUGGGCCCAGGGCACUCACACAAUCCUUGCGGAUGAGAUGGGGCUCGGCAAGACUGUGCAGACCAUAGUCUUCCUCUACUCGCUCUACAAAGAGGGCCACUCAAAGGGCCCGUACCUGGUCAGCGCGCCGCUCUCCACCAUCAUCAACUGGGAGCGCGAGUUUGAGAUGUGGGCGCCCGACUUCUACGUGGUGACGUACACGGGCGACAAGGACAGCCGCGCCGUCAUCCGCGAGAAUGAGUUCUCGUUUGACGACAGCGCCAUUCGCGGUGGCAAGAAGGCUUCCAAGAUGAGGAAGGACGCAAUGGUGAAGUUCCACGUACUCCUCACAUCGUACGAGCUAAUCACCAUCGACCAGGCUGUGCUGGGCUCCAUCGACUGGGCCUGUCUUGUGGUUGAUGAGGCCCACAGGCUCAAGAACAACCAGUCCAAGUUUUUCCGAAUCCUCAAUGGCUAUAAGAUCGACACGAAGCUCCUACUCACAGGGACACCUCUGCAGAACAACCUCGAGGAACUGUUCCACCUCCUCAACUUCCUCACAUCUGACCGAUUCAACAACCUGGAGGGCUUCCUGGAGGAGUUUGCCGACAUCUCCAAGGAGGAUCAGAUUAAGAAGCUGCACGACCUCCUGGGGCCCCACAUGCUGCGGCGUCUCAAGGCCGACGUCUUCAAGAACAUGCCCUCCAAGACGGAGCUCAUCGUGCGCGUCGAGCUCAGCCCCAUGCAGAAGAAAUACUACAAAUUCAUUCUCACGCGCAACUUCGAGGCACUGAAGUCCAAGGGUGGUGGUAACCAGGUGUCGCUCAUCAACAUCAUGAUGGACCUGAAGAAGUGCUGCAACCACCCCUACCUCUUCCCGGUCGCAGCCAUGGAGGCACCGAAGCUGCCGAACGGCGUCUAUGACGGAACGUCCCUGGUGCGUGCCGCUGGCAAGCUCAUGCUGCUGCAGAAGAUGCUGCGCAAACUCAAAGCUCAGGGCCACAGAGUGCUCAUCUUUUCCCAGAUGACAAAGAUGCUGGAUCUCCUGGAAGAUUUCCUGGACAACGAGGGCUUUAAAUACGAGAGGAUUGAUGGAGGCAUCACAGGCAGCCUCCGGCAAGACGCCAUCGACCGAUUCAAUGCUCCCGGGGCUCAGCAGUUCUGCUUCCUGCUGUCGACGCGAGCGGGAGGCUUGGGCAUCAACCUGGCGACGGCCGACACGGUCAUCAUCUACGACUCGGACUGGAACCCCCACAACGACAUCCAGGCCUUCAGCAGAGCCCAUCGAAUCGGGCAGGCGAACAAGGUGAUGAUUUAUCGAUUCGUGACCAGAGCCAGUGUGGAGGAGCGAAUCACACAGGUGGCGAAGAAGAAGAUGAUGCUCACUCACCUGGUCGUGCGGCCUGGUCUUGGCUCCACCAAAACCGGCUCCAUGAGCAAGCAGGAGCUGGAUGACAUCCUCAAGUUCGGCACAGAAGAGCUGUUUAAGGAUGACGUGGAAGGUGAGAUCAAGGAGAAUGACGAGGUGAGCGUGAUCCACUACGACGACAAGGCCAUCGAGAAACUGCUGGACCGGGACCAGCAGGACAGCACUGAGGUGGAGCCAGACAUUCAGAGCAUGAAUGAGUACCUGAGCUCAUUCAAGGUGGCGCAGUACAUCGUCAAGGAGGAGGAAGAGCCCGAGGAGGAGGUGGAGCGGGAGAUCAUCAAGCAGGAGGAGACGGUGGACCCCGACUACUGGGAGAAGCUGCUGCGCCACCAUUAUGAGCAGCAGCAGGAGGACCUAGCGCGCAACCUGGGCAAGGGCAAGCGCGUUCGCAAGCAAGUGAACUACAACGACGCGGCGCAGGAAGACCCGGACUGGAGGGACGAUUUGUCGGACAACCAGUCAGACUACUCGGUGGGCUCCGAGGAGGAGGACGAAGACUUCGAGGAGAGACCAGAAGGCGGCGGACGACGCCAAUCCAAGCGCCAGUUGAAGAAUGAGCGCGACAAACCGCUCCCGCCUCUACUCGCCCGCGUCGGAGGGAACAUUGAGGUGCUGGGCUUCAACGCACGGCAGCGCAAGGCGUUCCUGAACGCGAUCAUGCGCUAUGGGAUGCCUCCGCAGGACGCGUUCGGCUCCCAGUGGCUUGUGAGAGACCUCCGUGGAAAGAGUGAGCGCGAGUUCAGGGCGUACGUGUCUCUGUUCAUGAGACACCUGUGUGAGCCGGGUGCGGACGGAGCAGAGACGUUUGCAGAUGGUGUCCCGCGCGAGGGGCUGUCCCGUCAGCACGUGCUCACCCGCAUCGGCGUCAUGUCUCUCGUGCGCAAGAAGGUGCAAGAGUUUGAGUGUGUGAACGGCAAGUGGAGCAUGCCCGAACACAAGCCUCCAGAGGGCAUGGAGGUGAAGAAGGUAGCACCCUCGCCCGUGGACAGCCAGGCCAGUACUCCGGCACCCUCCAAACCCGCCACACCGGUUCCGGUGGACAAGGCUGUGAGCGAGCCGGCCACUCCUGCCACUGACACAGCGUCGCCCGCAGAGAAACCCACGGAAGCCGAAGCAAGCAAGGAAGAGCCAAUGGAGACUGAGGCAGCAAAGCCUCCAGAGGAGCCCACCCCCUCGGCAUCCCCGACCCCUUCAGCCGAGCCCUCCGACCCCACGACCUUGCAGCUGGAGAAGAGCGAGAAGACUGACACCGCCGAUGCUGCAGCAGCAGAAGAAGCAACCGUGGAGAAAGAGGAGGAGGAAGAGCUGAUAAAGACCGAGCCGGCAGAGGCACCCGCCGAAAGCAAAUCGGAGGAAAAACCGGCGGAAAAUCCGGUGGAAAUUCCGGUGGAAAAGCCGGCGGCGGAAAGUCCGGCGGCGGAAAAGCCGGCGGAAAAGAGCACGGAUGCGCCCAAGGAGGGGACAGACACGGAGGCAGCUGCCCCGGAGAGGGAGGGUGACGGGAGCAAAGACUCCACGGAGAAGCCGGUGCUGACGAAGGACGUGGAGGAGGUGGUGGUGGCGGCAGCGGCCGCGGCCGUAAAGCCCGCAGAUAAAUCUGACGAAAAGAAGGAGGAGAAGAAAGACGAGAGGCCCGAGAAGCCCAAGUUCAUGUUCAACAUCGCCGACGGUGGCUUCACAGAGCUGCACACACUGUGGCAGAACGAGGAGCGAGCCGCGACGACAUCUAAGAAGAUGAACGAGAUCUGGCACCGGCGGCACGACUACUGGCUGCUCGCCGGCAUCGUCACGCAUGGCUAUGCACGCUGGCAGGACAUUCAGAACGACGCUCACUACGCCGUCAUCAACGAGCCCUUCAAGAUGGAGAUGAGCAAGGGCAACUUCCAGGAGAUGAAGAACAAGUUCCUGGCACGCAGGUUCAAGCUGCUGGAGCAGGCGCUGGUCAUUGAGGAGCAGCUGCGCCGCGCCGCCUACCUCAACAUGACGCAGGAUCCCGGCCACCCAGCCAUGGCUCUCAACGCUCGCUUCGCCGAGGUCGAGUGUCUGGCAGAGAGCCACCAACACCUCUCCAAGGAGAGUCUCUCCGGCAACAAGCCGGCCAACGCCGUGCUGCACAAGGUGCUGAACCAGCUGGAGGAGCUACUGAGCGACAUGAAGGCGGACGUCACGCGUCUGCCAUCCACGCUGUCCCGCAUCCCGCCGGUGGCGGCGCGCCUGCAGAUGUCGGAGCGCAGUAUCCUGUCCCGGCUCGCUAGCCGGGGCGGCGGCGGUGGCGGCGGCGGUGGCGGCGGCGGCGGCGGCGAAGCAACCGCCCCUCCCGGCGCCACACAGCAGGCUGGGGGUGGAGGCACUGCAGGGGGAGGGGCAGUGGGGGGUGGUAACGGGACCCCCCCAGUGAGCCGGGCUCCCAGUGGCCUUCCUGGGGCCCAGGGUGGGGUCAUCAACUUCAGCCAGAUGCCAGCGGGGCCAUACGCCACGGCUGUGAACGGGAUGUCCGGCACAGAUAAGAAAGGGGGGGCUGUGGACAGCUCCUCGAAGGAGGGGGGGGUGAGCGGUGGCGCGGACAAGAAGGGGAACAACAGCGACGUCGUCAUCUGUCUCGAUUAAUUCGCACUGAAUGAAGCCGCGUGCAAGAAGAAGAAGAAACGGAGGAGAGCUAGCUACCUUCAGUUUUGUCGGAGGCUUGAGAAAGGCCAGCUUGUGAUUCUCUCCUUGUGUUGUCUGUCUCCAACCUUCACACUUCACUUCUAUACCCCCUUUUCCUCAUUCUUAUCUCCCUUCUCUAGCUCAUCUCUCUUCGUCAGCGUUCUGUUUCUAUCUUGCAGCUGCCAACUUUUUGUAAUUCACUGGGAGUGUCCAAUGUAAGUUUCCGUUUGUCCACCCAAUUUUAUUUGGGGUUCUUCUCGGAAGUUUGCAGCAGUGGCUGUUCACAACGGUCUUGAAUACGACAAUUACACUACGACGCCAAUUCACAAUCGUAAUAAAGUGAUUGCUUUUAAGAGCCCAAGGAAAACUCUUUUAUUUAUUAGGGUUCUGUCUUGAUUUGUGAUGCUCACUGAACCAGACUUAAGGUGCCCGCAAGAUGUUUUUCGGGUUCACUAUAAAUUCCGAAAUCUCCCAAGAACUAAAAUCGUGUUGCUUCACUGUUAAUCCCGGAGUUUCAUGGACUCUAUCCCAGUCCUCUUUCGGAAUACGGUUCAGGGGUAAUUCCUGAGGCUCUUAUGGCUUUUGUAUGCUGAACUCUUUUGCACCAUACAUAGUCAAACGUGGUAAUCGGAUGGUUCCGCAUUGUUCAUACCCGACUAGACUUGAGCAAACCUCGCAAUUCUUAGGGCUUAUUGCUCGUGGUCUGCACUUGCGUAAAAUUUUCCCUUCACUUGCCUCCCCCCCCCCCGCCACCCCACACACAUUUGUGGCAAUCAAACCGGGGGAGAUUUGCAGAUCGUUACAAACUUUUUGUUGUCAAAAGUGGCGAUUCUUUAAGUGACUUUUUGGGGAGUCCGGCAACUCUCAGGCUGCGUCUCGAUAUCUGUUUUUGGUCCUCGUUUUAUUUUCUGCUGCUGCUGCUGCCGUUCUCUGCACUGCAUUGUGGACUCCGUGCUGUUUUGCCGUUGCCUCUUGGAUGUGGAGACAGGGUUUUGCAAGGGAGCCGCUCGUUUCGGCGAUGGAUUUAAUUUUUACCAAAACAUACUUUGUUGAGUAUCCCCCCCAUCAUAAAAAAUGACAUCGAUAUCAGCAUGGUAUUGUCGUCUUGUACAAAAUGUUAUUACAUUAUUAUUGUUAUUUUUGUUAAGUUUAUCACCCACCCAAACCAUGAAGUGGCCUGAUUGAUGAAUUUUCAGGAAGGCAUUUUCCCCAUGUUUUUAUUUUUAUUUCUGGCAAACAAUAAACAUGUGAGAAAGCCGACUGGGUUGUUUUGCGACCAAGUGUCAGUGGAAAACUGCCUUUCCACCAACAGGAAUUGAGUCUGUUGAGCGUCCGUCGGUCUGCAUCGAUUUUGUUAUUUCACCUUGCCGCGGCUUCUCACCCCCAGGCGCUGUGCGAAGCAGUGGAUGGGGUGGGGGGGAUGACGCUAAAUGGGGGAUGUUCUGCCAAGUCGCUCCCAAUCCAGAGUUUGUCUCAAGUUUAAAACGGCUCGAGAAAUCUCAUUACGCACAACGUGUGUUUAUUUAAAAAAAACAACUUUUUCCUGUAAAAAGAAAUUCUACACGUGUCCAGCCCCCCCCCUCCUUUCCCCACCCCCCCCCCCCCGGUCAGGGCGUCGUGCAACGGCAAUGCACGGCAUGCGAAAAUGAUAGUGUACGCGAUUUUUCUUAGUGAACGUUGAACAAGCGCGUCCCUUUUUACAACGACGUUUGGUGACGGACGGACGUUGGCGAGACAUCUGGUGGAGCACGUGGAUGCGUGUGUGUGUGUGCGCGGUGGGGGCGGGGGCGUCGCGCGUGUAUUUGUCGCUACUUUUUCUUCACUAGGUCGUGCUCUUUUAUCGGGUGCAGAAUUGGAGGUCGUGCCGUGUGCCUGGGCCACGUGGAACCCUCCCUCCCUCGUGUGCGAAUUUAUCGGUACCAGGACUCAGGUGGACUGCCGUUAGGUCCCAUUCCAAAUGAAAACUACCGAUACCACGUUUCUUUGUGCGUGAAUAUCGUCGUCGUGUUAUUGUAAUAACUGAUAACAGCAUCGGAUUGAAUUCGUACGUAGACCAAGCAAGUGGCUGUUUUCUUUGCUCGCCGAGUUCAGAUUUUUCAUUUGAUGUAUUUAGUUUGUGUUUUUUAGUGCUCGUCAUCAACCUCGCCUGUUAAAGGAGACCUACAAUUUGGAGUCUGUUUAAGAAAUAGACGCAAGUCAUGUUGCAGAAAUGAACUCAAACGUAAGUUUAAAACUUCCCCCUCGGUGAAAAUAUUAAGCGAAAUUCCCAAUAGGUCUUUGCAAAUACGGCAAUAUCAUUGGGUUAAAUGAAUCGAAUAUAUAUUGGGGCUUCAAUUCAAUUUAAGGUCCCAGGUGUCGCCCCGUGUUCUCUGGAAGCUAAAGGUGGCAGCAUCCUUGAACUUAACUCCAAUAGAAACUCGUUUAUAAAGUAUUUGGCUGCUAUAAAUAUCCGCAUGAUAAGCUACUGCAUUGAGCUUUCGUGUGUGAUAGGCCAGGCCACUUCAUAAAAACAUAUAAAAAGCUACGUUGCUCAGUGGGGGGGGCAAUACCUGGUUAAAUUAAAUGAAAGUUUAGUUUAAAACCACCUGCCUCGUUUGCAACUGCUGCUGUAUCUGCGUGAAAAUCUGCAGAAUACAUCGUAAAAGUUAUCUCUGAUCUUAAACAAGGUCAAAAAAAUUGUGAAAUUUACCAAAAGCCCUGUUUGCGUUGUUCCUCCAUAUGAAAUAUGACGGAAGUUUGAGCUACUGGAGGAUACCCAACGCUUAUAAUAAUGGCGAGGAGGUUAAACUAGCUUUGUGUGGCGGGGUUGGGGGGUGUUAUUUGGCGAGUUGGUCAAGAAUGGAAAUGGAUACUGGGGGGGCGGAGGGGUGAGACAUGGUUGCUGGAAGUUAUUAAUAAAACCACAACACUGUAUAUAUUGCUGAAACUUAGUAGCAUCUCGUCGUAAAAUCCCUAGAGAGACGUCGGAUGUGUUGGGAGGAUUGUACGAGGGAUUUUAACCGCGUUGUCAACUUGGGAUGGCCAAAAUAAAAUAAGUUUUUCAAAAGUAA